AUGAAUCAUAAAAUAGAUUUUUUGUAAAGAGCACAAUCAUGUAUUUUUUCAUAUUUUACCUAUGACUAUGAAGAUUAAUGUUAUAGUUUUUCAUUAUUAAAGUUAAAUCUUAAAAAAACUGAAUUAAAACAUAAAAAAUGUUAAUUUGGAUACUUGUAAUAUGACGAAAAUUGUUGGAGAUAGUAUUUAUAUAUGAUUAAAUAGACCUUCAAAACUUCUUAAAAAUUUAGUUACCUGUACAGAAUGUUUGAUUAAUCCAAAGAUUGGAUAAAUUAUGCAUAUUGUGAAAAGUAUUAUUUCUCUGAUACAAAUUACAGUCCUUUCUAAUUAAAGAAUGAAAUUCAAGAAUUUUAUGUAUUUGAUGGUAGAGAUUUAAAUUUAUGUGAAGAAUGCCAAAAUCCAGGCAAUUUUUACAAAGAUUAUAUUUCUACAAAUGCAUAUUUUAAAAAUUUUUGUUAACAAAAUAAUCGUAAGGAAUAAUUAGAAUAUUGCUAUAUAGAUAUUUUUCUAGACUGUUAAAAAUAUAAAAUUUAAAUAUCAGGGCCUGUGUGCAUCAAAUACAGUAGUGAACUAAUUUUAGAGUCUAAUAAUUCUAUACACUUUUUUUAUCUGUAAUAUUCAAUCUUAUCUGUGAAACUCCAUUUUAUCGAACUUUUCACAAUACCUGUGAAAUAGGUCCUAUUUAAAAUUGAGUUUAUUGUUUUGAUAAUAAUCGGUUAGAUCCAUCCAAAGGUACUAUGUUAGUUUAAUCUAAAAUUAUAAAUGAUAGUGACGAAUAAUUUGUGGUUGGAUGUGCAUAAUGGAAAGGGUUUAGUUUUGACUUUACUAUUGGAGAUUAUGUUUAUUAAAAUCCAUCACUUUAAUUUUGUCUCAUAUCUUAUAUUAAUCCUUUAGGCUAAGAGAUUUAUACAUUAUCUUCAGUAAAUGAUUUCAAUACAGCUCCUUCAACAACACAUUGCCAACAAUACAUAUAUAAUUGUGAAAAGUGUUAUUAAACUUUUUAGAAAACCUUAAAAUGUAUUAUUUGUGAGAAUGGAUAUAUUAUAUAACCCAUUAAUGGACUUUGGUCAAAAACAUACUAAAUUAAAAAUAAUAUAAAAAAGAAUAUUUUUGUUUUUUUGAAUAAAAAUAAGCUUGGGUUUAAUUAACUUAAGCAUCCUCAAUUACUUUUUGGUAGUCAAAUAAAAUGAAUUCAAUUACAGAUUGGGGGUAUUAAUCUUUGCCCUUUAAAAUGUAUGGAUGGAUAUGAAUUAUUCUAAAAUGAGUGCAUUUAAUUUUGCCACUAAAAUUGCUAAAUAUGUCAAAAAGUACAUUAUAAACUAAUUAAUUUUUUAUUUGUUCAUUGUGUUCUUUGAACUAUUAUAAAUAUGCUCAUAGAACAUCAUAUAAUAGAAAAUGUUUAAUUUGUCCAUCUUUAUGUGA